GUUUGGUACCUGCGCAAGUGUCGACCAUUGGCACACCACCUUGCAGAGCCGACGACGACGUUACUGGACAAGAGCGAGAAACAGACGAGACAUUGAACACGGGCAAGACUUUGCGGGAUUGCGCGUAGUGUUACAACUCGGCCGAGCUGGCCUACCAACAGUGGGGAAGGGGAUCCACCAACCAAGACCGGGAAAAGACGCCCUAACCCACACCUGAUCUCAUCUCAUCAAAGAGACCUGACCUGACACCUCACUGUCCGUGGACCCGGACACACACAACACACACUCAAUCUCACGGCAUUCUUUUUGACGAUUAGAACCAGUCACGGCAGACGACACGGCACCAUCUUGUUUCCCAUCCUGGCGUCAUUCCGUUCGCUACCACCCGCUUUCUGUUCGGGCCUUGCUGCAAGUCCUUCUUCCACGUGCAACCCAGGACGACGGAGGUGAAUGAAUGGCUUGUUGUCCGACUUCGACUACUGAAUCCUUGAAUAUCGACGACGCCGACGACGACAUCAAGCACGGCCUUUUCAGGUUCUCCCGCGCCGCCCUCCUUGCUUUUCCCUGAGACGAGACUCGGCUAUUGGCUGUGAUCACCUCGUCACCCACGUCACGUCACUUCCAGGACUCCUCAUCAGGGCAGCCACAGGCAGGGCAGGGAGUUAGUAUAGUAACCAGCGUCCCGGUCUCCACCCACCACGCACGCUGCGUACCACUGGCACCUCUGGCACCCGACCACUGGCUGCACCGCUGACACCGCUGGCACCGCUGGGCUCAGGAUCCUGCACGCUAAAAACAUCCAAUAACACGCGCUGAGGAAGGCUCGACUCCUGCAGCAGCUGUAACCCUUUUGCAGACCGGCCGGGGGUCCGCCAGCCUGUGUGGGCAUGCUCUCAUUUGACGCCGGCCACCCAGACUUGUUUCUCUCGACACUCCCUCAACUCUCGAUCUGGAUCGAAGAAGCAGACGAAAACGACCGAAAGAGAUCCGGCCUUUAGAUAGGUUGGGGUCGCUUCCCUCCGCACUUGGCCUCUCUCUCCCUUAAGGGCGGAGUCUUCCCUUACCCCCGCCCGCCCGCCCUCCUCCACGAUUCUUUUCAUCUUCUACAACAACUUGAACCAUCCAUCCCAUUCAGGCAUUGACUUGGCGCUUCUCCAACUCUCGCCAUGCAGCGUGUCUCGGCCCUGUUCCCUUCAUGGGACCGGGCAAAGCAAACAACGUCCGUCACCCCCAGGUCGCCCAGUGCCCUGAAUAAGGUUUUCGGAUGGGGAGGGAAGGCGGUUGUGCCCGUCAAGACGACACAGCAACCCACAAGUUACGACCGCGAAACGUACUGGCCAACAACCCUCGACAAGGAAUGUGACAAGGCCGCCAGGAUAUUAAAGUCAUUUUGCAUGGAUGGAUUCAUUGUAGAAGAACCACAAGAGCAAGAUCCCGAUACCGAUACCCCACCAACAACAAAAUCCGUUACGAAAAAGAUCCCUCCAAGGAUAUUACAAGAUGCCGUCGGCCUCGCAGUCUUCUCGUGCAUGCGCUCGGGACUGUGGAUGUCAGGAUCAGGCGGCGCCGGGCUGAUUACCGCAAGGAGGGCAGAUGGCACAUGGUCACCACCGUCUGGUAUAAUGCUCCACACGGCCGGGCUAGGCUUCGUUAUGGGAGUCGACAUCUACGACUGUGUCCUUGUCAUUAACAGCGUACAAGCUCUCGAACUUUUCACCCGUCCAAAGGUGGUUCUCGGAGUCGAUGUCGAUCUUAGCCUCGGCCCGCUUGUCGACGCAGACUCGACCGACAACGACACACGAUGGAAGGACCUCAACGAUACCGUUCUCACAUAUAUCAAAGCCCGCGGCAAACAUCAACCAGUGCCCCUUGACGGAUCGCUUGUUUCGGAACGUGGCAACGAGAACGUUCGAUUCUACAGCAGCGACAUUUCAGUCCUCGACAUCCUCGCCGGUAACAUUGGCAAGGAGGUUCCCGAAAUGCGCCCGCUAUUUGAGGUCUUGAAGGCUGCCGAGGGCCGGACGGAUUAUGACGCAGAUGUUAUGGAGAUGCUUGCUCAGCAGCCUGCCCCUAGUGAUGCCGUAAUCGAUACCCCACGGACAUCGGUCCGACAGUCGAUUGUGAAGAACCCCUUUGGUAUCCCCGAUGUCGACGAUCCGGAUCCUUUUGGUGUCAUUGGCCUCGAGAUGGCGGGUAUUGAAAUCAGAGAAGCUGGUACACGUCUACGACCCACCAGCACUCAAUUCCAGUUCCAACCCAGUCCCAAGAGCCCCGCGUUUGCCAGGUACAGCCGACAGAGCGGUGACACGUUCCAGUCGAGGAGUAACCGCGAAAGCUGUAUGUCGACAAGGUCACAGGCUACCGUCAUGACGGACGCGUGCACACAAACCGAUGCCACGAGCACCCCCGAGACAAGUUUCAGCCGCGCCAAUAGUAUGGACGGCCGAGAGUCAAAGUUGUCGGAUAAGCUGCCCACUGUCGUGGAACCCGAGUUCGAGCCAGAAGAGGUUGACUAUACACAGAUUGAUAUGAGCAUGAUUCAACGAUUCAGGCCGCUGCCCGAAGAAGAGGAAGAGGAGGAGCUGCAGCCUGAGCCCGUGGCCCACCUCGGUGACAAGACCGAUGCGGAAACCACCGGCACCAAAUCCAUCAAGGACAACACGAGUGAAUACCCCGAAAGCGAGAAGGACGAGAGCGAAAGAGAUGAAGACGCCGAUGACGAAGAAGACGAAAGCGACGAAGACUUUGACGACGAGGCCAUCAUCUGCGAGGUCGCCACUGCUCAACCCGCCCGAAGCUCCAUCCGCUCAUCACAAAUCACCCCCGUUAUCCACGCCAAGGCAGGAAUUGUUACCAUUGCGAAGCGAGCCCCUCCUCCGCUGCCUGCCAAGUCGCCAGCGCGCGCUUCUUUGGGAAGCCGCGGUACAGACUAUGGCAGCAUCGGCGAGAUCUCCUCCCUCAAAUCGCCCCUUCGCCACUCUUCCUACACGAUGGAUUCUCGCAUGAGCGACCCUCUGGCUUCUACCGAAGCGUCCGAGACGUUCGCCACUCCUGCCACGGUUAUGGAGGAGGUUGAGCCCGCUUCUCCUGAACCAAUCAAGCGUUCUUCCCAGGGACACCAGAAGAACUCGUCGUCGGUGAACACGGCUGUGGAUCUGUCUGCUAAGCGGAGGGCAAGCUUGGAGACGUUUCCUGAGGUGCCGGCUACGCCGAGGACAAUUGAUUUGACGUCUUCUGCUGAGGAUUCCGAGAGGGAGCCCAAGACUCCCAAGACGGAUGCUGGGUUUGCCAACACCACCACUCUCGAGGAUGAGAAAGUUAGUGUCAAGGAGGUGAACAUUGUUUCGGCGCAUGGGGCCGAGUCUAACCCUGUUGUGGUUGUAUGACUGAAUGGUUAGGAGGAAAAAAGAAAGAAAAAAAUACGUUUGGUGGAAUUUUAGUUUCACAUAUAAUAGCGGGAUCGGGAUUAUGGAGACUACGAACGGGAACUGGAACCGGUGAUUGGCAUCGGUUUACCUAUUGACACGGAAGACAUGGGAAGCGGCGUUCUUGUGUUAUCAACAUUACAUACCAUUUUCAUUGAACGUACCAAGGAGAGAAAAAAAAGGGCGGCGGGCUAUCAUGGGUCUGGCGGGCAAGCAAAGGCAAUGAACGAACUGAUGGUUAACAGUCGGAAUGGGUGGGUGGGUGGCCAAGCACAUAACACUGCUUGCUUGCGCGGACGGCUUUUUGGACGCUUUUUGGGCGUUGCCUUGGUAUUCUUCUCUUUUUAUACUUUACGAUUUCUUGACUGCAUGGUUUAGCAAGCAGUAGUACUAGCUUUGUUAGCCUGUACGGCCCGGCUUUGGUCAUUGCAUUCUUCAAAAUACCCAUAUUUUCUCUUUAGCUCUCACCACGGAUGUUAUGAUGAAGUGUGGCAGGCUGUCUCUGUUGAGAAGUUACCUUUUUGAAAGAACGAGGUGGUUGCAAGAUCAAGCAAUCAAUGAAGUAAACAAGAUUAUUUCAAUUCAUUCAUCACAAUUUAAU